CCAUUCCUUACAACACAAACCAAAACAAGAAAUACUAACCAACCUAAACGUUGGUAAGAAAAAAAAAUCAGAAUGAGACCUUCCUCCAGGAUGGGGCCUUCAGCCCAUAUCACUUAUGCCCUAGGCGUUAUCAUCAUGGCAACAAUGGUUGCUGCGUAUGAACCAUACAGCUUGCCACCACUCCCGUCAUAUUCACCAUCUCCAAAGGUAGAAUACAACACUCCCCCCUUGCCAUAUAUCCACAGUUCUUCACCACCACCACCACUAUACUAUUCUCCAUCACCAAAGGUUGACUACAAAUCACCUCCUCCACCAUAUGUCUACAGUUCCCCACCACCUCCUUACUAUUCCCCAUCACCUAAAGUUGACUACAAAUCUCCUCCACCACCAUAUGUCUACAGUUCUCCACCACCACCACCAUAUUACUCACCAUCUCCUAAAGUCGAGUACAAGUCUCCCCCACCACCAUAUGUAUACAGUUCUCCCCCACCACCUCCGUACUACUCUCCAUCACCAAAGGUAGAUUACAAAUCUCCUCCACCACCGUAUGUCUACAGUUCUCCACCACCACCACCAUAUUAUUCACCAUCUCCUAAGGUUGAGUACAAGUCUCCUCCACCACCGUAUGUCUACAGCUCUCCACCACCACCUCCGUACUACUCUCCAUCACCAAAGGUAGACUACAAAUCUCCUCCACCACCGUAUGUCUACAGUUCUCCACCACCACCACCAUACUAUUCACCAUCUCCUAAGGUAGAAUACAAGUCUCCUCCACCACCAUAUGUUUACAGCUCCCCACCACCACCACCAUACUACUCACCAUCUCCUAAAGUUGAGUACAAGUCUCCUCCACCACCAUAUGUAUACAGUUCUCCACCACCACCAUACUAUUCACCAUCUCCUAAGGUUGAAUACAAGUCUCCUCCACCACCAUAUGUUUACAGCUCCCCACCACCACCAUAUUAUUCCCCAUCUCCUAAGGUUGUGUACAAGUCUCCUCCUCCACCUUAUGUCUACAACUCACCACCACCACCAUACUAUUCUCCAUCUCCCAAGGUAGAUUACAAGUCUCCUCCACCACCAUAUGUUUACAGCUCCCCACCACCACCACCAUACUACUCACCAUCUCCUAAAGUUGAGUACAAGUCUCCUCCUCCACCGUAUGUAUAUAGUUCUCCUCCACCACCGUAUUAUUCUCCAUCUCCUAAGGUUGUAUACAAAUCUCCUCCACCACCGUAUGUCUACAGUUCUCCACCACCACCAUAUUAUUCACCUUCUCCUAAGGUACACUACAAGUCUCCUCCACCACCGUAUGUUUACAGUUCUCCACCACCACCAUACUACUCUCCUUCUCCAAAGGUACAUUACAAAUCCCCUCCACCACCAUAUGUCUACAGCUCUCCACCACCACCAUACUAUUCACCAUCCCCUAAAGUUCAUUACAAAUCUCCACCACACCCGCAUGUAUGUGUCUGCCCACCACCUCCUCCAUGUUAUGCUCCUUCACCAAAAGUAACAUACAAAUCUCCUCCACCACCAUAUGUUUACAGUUCUCCACCACCACCAUACUACUCACCUUCGCCUAAGGUGUAUUACAAGUCUCCUCCACCACCAUAUGUUUACAGCUCACCACCACCACCACCAUACUACUCACCAUCUCCUAAGGUUGAAUACAAGUCUCCUCCACCACCAUAUGUUUACAGCUCACCACCACCACCAUACUACUCACCUUCCCCUAAGCUGUACUACAAGUCUCCUCCACCACCAUAUAUCUACAACUCUCCACCCCCACCACCAUACUACUCUCCAUCCCCUAAAGUAGACUACAAGUCUCCUCCACCUCCAUAUGUCUACAGUUCUCCACCACCACCUUAUUAUUCUCCUUCUCCAAAAGUUGAGUACAAAUCUUCACCACCACCAGCUACAUAUUACUGAAAACCAGUAAAUGCGACUCUUAAAUGAGCUAUUGAAUGUUAUGUGAUUUCAUAUUUCAUUUCUUGUUAUAACAUGUAUGCUAUCAAUUUUAAUUUUCUUGGGAAUGUCUUAAUAAAUUGGUUAUAAUUCCUUCA